CGUCUACGUGUCAGGAAAAAGGAGACCUGGGUGAAGGUGCGACUACAGUCGGACAGCUAGAGAAGCUUUCUGCUACAUUUGGAUGAUUUUCUUAACCGCAGACUUCAAAUUAAGUCCUGCACGGUAUUUCAGUGACGAUGUUAACGAAAUUUGAAACGAAGUCGGCCCGUGUUAAAGGGCUGAGCUUCCAUCCCAAGAGGCCGUGGGUUCUGGCCAGCCUGCACAACGGGGUGAUCCAGCUGUGGGACUACCGGAUGUGCACGCUGAUCGACAAGUUUGAUGAGCAUGAUGGUCCCGUCAGAGGCAUCGACUUCCACAAACAGCAGCCGCUUUUUGUGUCUGGAGGAGAUGAUUACAAAAUAAAGGUGUGGAACUACAAACUGAGGCGCUGCCUCUUCACCCUCUUGGGACACCUGGACUAUAUCAGAACCACCUUCUUUCAUCAUGAGUAUCCCUGGAUUUUGAGUGCUUCAGAUGAUCAGACCAUCCGUAUCUGGAACUGGCAGUCCAGGACCUGUGUAUGCGUGCUGACCGGCCAUAAUCACUACGUGAUGUGUGCCCAGUUCCACCCAUCUGAAGACCUGGUGGUGUCAGCCAGUCUGGACCAGACCGUGCGAGUGUGGGAUAUCUCUGGUCUGAGGAAGAAGAACCUGUCUCCAGGCGCUGUGGAGACGGAGGUGCGCGGCAUCUCUGGGGUUGAUCUGUUUGGUGCCUCAGAUGCCGUGGUGAAGCAUGUCCUUGAGGGUCAUGAUCGUGGGGUCAACUGGGCAGCCUUCCACCCCACCAUGCCACUCAUUGUGUCUGGAGCUGACGACAGACAGGUGAAGAUCUGGAGGAUGAACGAGUCCAAGGCUUGGGAGCUCGAUACCUGCCGCGGGCACUACAACAACGUGUCCUGUGCCGUCUUUCACCCACGGCAAGAGCUAAUCCUUUCCAACUCUGAAGACAAGAGCAUCCGGGUUUGGGACAUGUCCAAGAGGACUGGAGUGCAAACCUUCCGACGUGAUCAUGACCGCUUCUGGGUACUAGGUGCCCACCCAAACCUCAAUCUGUUUGCAGCUGGUCAUGACAGCGGUAUGAUCGUAUUCAAGCUGGAGCGCGAGCGUCCUGCGUAUGCUGUCCAUGGCAACAUGCUGUACUACGUAAAGGAUCGCUUCCUCCGUCAGCUGGACUUCAACAGUAGCAAGGACACCGCUGUCAUGCAGCUCCGCAGUGGUUCCAAGUUCCCGGUGUUCAGUAUGUCUUAUAACCCUGCAGAGAACGCCGUCCUGCUCUGCACUAGAGCAACCAACUUGGAGAACAGCACUUACGACCUGUACUCGAUCCCAAAAGAAAGCGACUCUCAGAACCCAGAUGCACCAGAAGGGAAAAGAUCUUCUGGUCUGACAGCAGUUUGGGUGGCAAGGAACAGAUUUGCUGUCUUGGACCGCAUGCACUCUCUUCUGAUUAAAAACCUGAAGAAUGAAAUUGUGAAGAAGGUCCAGGUGCCGAGCUGCGAGGAGAUAUUCUACGCAGGCACAGGCUCCUUGCUGCUGCGCGAUGCAGAUGGCGUCACCCUGUUUGACGUGCAGCAGAAACGCUCUCUGGCUACGGUCAAAAUCGCCAAGGUGAAGUACGUGGUGUGGAGCGCUGACACCAGCCACGUGGCUCUGCUGGCCAAACACGCUAUUAUGAUCUGCAACCGCAAACUGGAAAGUCUUUGCAACAUUCACGAGAACAUCAGAGUAAAGAGCGGAGCUUGGGAUGAGAGCGGGGUCUUCAUCUACACCACCUCCAACCACAUCAAAUAUGCCCUUACCUCUGGUGAUCAUGGAAUCAUUAGGACCUUGGACUUGCCCAUCUAUGUGACCCGUGUGAGAGGCAACAGUGUUUACUGCCUGGACAGAGAGUGCAGGCCUCGUGUCCUCACCAUCGACCCUACUGAGUACCGCUUCAAGCUGGCUCUGGUCAACCGUAAAUAUGAUGAGGUGCUCUACAUGGUUCGUAAUGCCAAGUUGGUGGGCCAGUCAAUCAUUGCCUACCUGCAGAAGAAGGGCUACCCAGAAGUAGCGCUGCACUUUGUCAAAGAUGAGAAGACUCGCUUUAGCCUGGCUCUGGAGUGCGGCAAUAUUGAGGUGGCGCUAGAGGCAGCCAAAGCCCUGGAUGAGCGCAGCUGCUGGGAGCGUUUGGGUGAGGCAGCACUGCUACAAGGUCACCACCAGGUUGUGGAAAUGUGUUACCAGAGAACCAAGAACUUCGACAAGCUCACCUUCCUUUACCUUAUCACUGGUAACUUGGCAAAGUUACGCAAGAUGAUGAAGAUUGCUGAGAUCAGAAAGGACAUGAGUGGCCACUACCAGGCAGCGCUCUACCUGGGAGACGUCAGUGAGAGGGUCCGCAUCUUGAAGAACUGCGGACAGAAGUCCCUGGCUUAUCUGACGGCAGCCACACAUGGGCUGGAUGAAGAGGCUGAGGCGCUAAAGGAGACUUUUGACCCAGAAAAGGAGACGGUGCCAGAGGUCGAUCCCAAUGCCCAGCUGCUGCAGCCUCCUCCACCCAUCAACCCUCUGGACACCAACUGGCCUCUGCUCACUGUACCAAAGGGAUUCUUUGAUGGACCGAUUCCAGCCAAGGGGAAAGCAGGUCAGAUGGCUGCAGAAAUGGAUAUGGAUGCUCCUGGAGGCGAGGGCUGGGGAGAUGAUGCUGAGCUCAAUAUGGAUGAAGAUGGUUUUAUGGACGCCCAGGAUGGUUUAGGCGAAGAGGGUAUGGCGAAGGAGGAAGGAGGAGGCUGGGAUAUUGAUGAAGAGGUGGAACUUCCUCCAGAGCUGGAUGUGCCAGCUGGAGGAACAGAAGAUGGCUUCUUUGUCCCACCCACUAAGGGCAUGAGUCCAACUCAGUUGUGGUGUAACAACUCCCAGCUUCCAGUGGACCACAUCCUGGCUGGAUCCUUUGAAACUGCUAUGAGACUGCUCCAUGACCAGGUUGGAGUUGUGAACUUUGGUCCCUACAAGUCGCUGUUUGUGCAGACCUUGUCCAGAGGCCGCACCUGCUACCUGGGCCUGCCUUCCCUGCCCUGCCUGCGUGGUCAUCCGCAAAGAAACUGGAAGGAUUGUGGAGCAAAGCAGGGGCUGCCGGCUGUGGGGCUGCGUCUCUCUGAUCUCAUCGCCCGCCUUCAGCAGUGCUACCAGAUGACCACAUCCGGGCGCUUUGAGGAGGCUGUCGAGCGCUUCAGAACCAUCUUGCUGUCUGUACCGCUGCUGGUGGUUGAUAACAAGCAGGAGAUUGCAGAGGCUCAGCAGCUGAUAACAAUUUGCAGAGAGUACAUUGUGGGUCUGACCAUGGAAGUUGAGAGGAAGAAGUUGCCUAAAGAAACUUUAGAUCAGCAGAAGAGACUCUGUGAGAUGGCUGCUUAUUUCACCCACUGCAACCUCCAGCCAGUCCACAUGGUACUGGUGCUGCGCACAGCGCUGAACCUCUUCUUCAAACUUCGGAACUUCAAGACAGCCGCAGGCUUUGCACGUCGCCUUCUUGAGCUCGGGCCAAAGCCAGAUGUUGCACAGCAGACCCGCAAGAUUUUGGCCGCCUGUGAGAAGACCCUGACUGAUGCCCACCAGCUGAACUACGAUCCUCACAAUCCAUUUGACCUGUGCGCUGCCUCUUUUGUUCCCCUCUACCGUGGACGUCCUGUUGAGAAGUGCCCACUGUCUGGAGCUUGCUACUGUCCCCCUUACAAAGGCCAGAUCUGCAGAGUCACCCAGGUGACUGAGAUCGGCAAGGAUGUGAUUGGUCUGCGAGUGAGCCUGCUCCAGUUCCGUUAAGGAGAAGAUGUUCAAAUAUAUGAUGAUUGGAAGCAGAAAUGUUUGCUCACAAUGAUGUUAACCUCUGUAGCUGUCUUGUCUAUCGUAGCCCAUAAAUCUCUCCUAUCCUACCAAAAGCUUUUUUCUUGUGCAAGAUGUAGUGCAUGAAGACUGUAUACUGUGUGCAUUAUUAAGGGUUUAAAAACCUAAAUGUUAUCUUUUCCUGACAUAAAUAAGUCAAAAUAACACAUCAAUUCUCUCUGUAUCUGCAAGAACUACAAUAAAAUUAAGUUUCUGAAUCAGA